AUGCGAUCGUCAUGGAGCAAUAUCUUUAAACCGCCACCAUUCGCACGAACUCCGACAGGCUUAACCCCCGAGAAGAAACGCGUUUCAUCCUCCCCGCUAUCAGAUCCCCCGCCGUCAUCAUUCCAAGGCUUCUCAACCCCAACCCCGACUCCGAUUCCAGAUACUCCGGCUUCAGAUACCCCAAAUGGCCCGGGUGCCCAGCUGCAUGCAUCACUAUCCAGAACCCUCUUUGAUAGUCCCCCGAAACCGUCGGUUCGAGAGGAAAGCUUCCAGAGCAUCGAUUCCACAGUUCCACCAUCUACUCUCGAUAGCAGCUCCCAGCGCAUAAUCAAAGGGGGCAAGGAGAUUGUCAUCAGCUCUGAUGGCGAAGACACUGAUUCUAUCUCCGAUCUUGACGAUCCAUCUACCCUCUUUUCUUCAACCCCAAAGGCGGAGGCAAAGAAAGAGCCCACGGUGUCAAAGCCUACCCGAUCAGGAAAAUCACAUCUCGCCCAUUUGACGGCGCAGAAGAGAUACAAGAAUAGCCUCGACGAUAUUGUUCAUGAUGCGGUGGAUGACAAUGAGAUGGAGGCAAAAGUCGCCGAAGUAAAGGCAAGCCUUGCCCGAUCCAAUGGUGAACGAGCUGCGUCCAAGCACGCGAGAGACAGCACUGCCUUCAUCAGCGAGGGCAUGUUAGCCUCCGUAUUAGGGGAUGCCCAGGAUGAAGAUGGACCUGGACUGCAACGUCUUUUGAAUGCUGUUCGGAGAACCGAAGCCCUCGACCAAGGCCGAGCCUGGAGAUUCUUUGACCAAGCUCCGACGACACCCGCCAGACUAGAGUUUCCUAAGGAUCAUUUCCCGCCUGGAUCCAACUUGGCAGCGCUUAGAGAGCCUGAACCUCGUGUGCGUAUGAUCCAAUCGGGCAUUCUCGAAUGGGCUUCUUCGCUGGGACGUUUACCCAACGAGUUCAUUCUUUGGCUUUUCUGGUCCGUUCCAACCGAACCAAGAGAGGAAAUAAGAAAAGCCCUUUGUCGGAUCAUCGUGUGUAUUCAAUCACACAUUCAUCCCGAUGACAUUGACUCUCUCUUCCGACAACUGGGAGCUAAGCCUCAAGCUUUAGAUCUCUCCAGUGUCGUUGUCGAAGAACCCGCUGAUCAAUCUCCGUCGGGCUCUCAAUUCAAAGAUCGUCCAAUUUUACUUUCUAUUUUCAGUCUGCUCCAAGAUGCUUCAGAGCUUUCAUCAGGCCACGACUCACCAUAUUUUAGGUUUUCACUUGAUGUUCGUGCGCAUGCGAUUCAUAUUCUGUUACGACUUUCUCUAGACAAUUCCUUGACGCAGGACUUUACCAUCCGCGCAAGGCUACAAAGUGCUUUGACUGCUCUGCUUGAAAAUGUUUCCGAAGCGGAGAUAGAUGACAUGGUAUGCACGCACCUGAUCAUGAAAUUUGAGGAAUGGCUGCUAAAUGAAAAUCAGGAGCGUCAGCUUGGUGCAGCUCUCUACGACACUGUCAAGGACCCGCAGUUCCAAUGUCGCAUGAUACAACAUAUCCUCCCCACCUCACCUUGGAUCUCGCUUCUACGAUAUCGCCUGGCUGUUUCAUUUCUACUACAAGAGUCAACACCCCUCAGUGGACCAGUUGAAGAAGUUCUCGACCUCAAACGGCUUACUCAUGUCAUUCGGGACCCACGAUUUCAGAUGAAUGUAAACAACGGAAAAGAGGCCGAGUAUGAUUUUGGGGAGCUAAUCGCUCUCACCCAGCUCUUGGAAGUGGCCCUCAACAGUACACUGUACGAUCUCAGAUACAAGGAGAAGGACACCGAAAAAGAGUUCAAUGCCGCUAUUGACCUGCUGGCAAGCCAACUCAAGACGAAUUUCAGCUCCAUGAAGGAAUCCGGAGCAUCGCAUCUUAAACGAAUGCUGGCCAAGGGAGCAUUAGAGACCUUGCAUUACCGACUUGUCUACUCAGUCCGAUCUAAGCCACCACCGAAGAAAACACCCUUCGAGGCAUAUGCCAAGGAAGGAAACAACAUCAAUAGCUACUUCAAUAAAAAGGUCGCAGGAGAUACUGGACGGACAAACGGAGAUAUCACCCAGAUACCAAUACGGGGACAUGAUCAUACGACAUAG